GUGUUCUCCUUCACCUUUCACUGCAUUAUCAGUAGCUUCCACUCCGAAAUUCAAUAGUUUUUGUUGGAGAAAAAAGAAAGGGAAAAAAGAAGAAUAGUUUAUGCAAAAUUGCGUAUACACUGUGUAUCACUUCAGCCUUCCCCAUGUUUAGAGGAAUGAACGUCCUUUUGCCUUGCUACAUAGCUUUUCUUUUACAGCUAUUAGUCUUCCAAACUUGCCAUUCUAGCAACAUCACUGCUCAUUGUGCUCCUUCUUCAUGCGGCAAUAUCCAAAACAUAAGCUACCCUUUCAGACUAAACACUGAUCCACAAAGCUGCGGAAACAAUAAUUAUAAUCUGAGUUGCGAGAACAAUAUUUCUACAGUAUUAUAUUUGUAUUCAGGUAAAUACUACGUGCAGGCAAUCAACUACGGUAACUACACAAUCCGAGUGGUAGAUGCUGGUGUACAAGGUAAUUGCUGCUCCAUCCCUCGUUAUUCUUUGGCACGUGACAACUUCAGUUACGGAGAUCCGUACACAUGGUAUAACUACAAGCAGGUACUGCCGCCGGGAGUGGGUGAAGGUUUCGUGGACUAUCGGGGGUACUAUUGGGGGGGCCGGUUACCUCCUACACUAUCACAGCCUAUGAUUUUCAUGAGCUGUGAAAAUACGGUGAAUUCUCCUCUUUAUGUGGACACGGCUCCCUACGGCCUUAACUAUGGAUCAGGAAAUUAUUCCAACUCUUCUCUUGUGACUCAUUCGAAUUAUGUGACUCUUGGGGGCAUGAAUGCCUCGGAUUUGAUGGAACUGUGCAGCAUAGAGAAAAUAUUUUUGCUUCCAAAGAAGAACUACACAGACAAUUACUCCUUUGAAGAAAUACACAGUGACCUGGCAAAUGGGUUUGAGCUUUCAUGGUACAACAUAAACUGUGAAAAAUGCAGAAGAGGUUGCUACCUCAACAGUGCAGACCAUCGUCGAUGCAUUGGUUUUCAUGAAAGCUAUAGGCAAAUUAUACUCUACACAGUGGCAGAACUCCUCACAACAAUUGCACUACUUCAUGGGCUAAAAGUUGUUUGUGGGACUCCAUGUGUGAUUAUAUUUUUGAUCUACAAAUGGCGAAGGAGACAUUUAUCAGUAUACGAUACAGUUGAACAAUUCCUACAGAGUCAGAAUAACCUGAUGCCAGUAAGAUAUUCCUAUUCAGAUAUCAAGAAGAUUACUAGAGGUUUCAAGGACGAAUUGGGUAAAGGAGGCUUUGGUACAGUUUACAAAGGAAAGCUUCGCAGUGGACGUUUUGCAGCAAUAAAAUUGUUGGGAAAAUCAAAAGCUAAUGGACAGGAUUUCAUAAAUGAAGUUGCUACCAUAGGAAGGAUUCACCAUACUAAUGUGGUGCAGCUAAUUGGUUUUUGCGCCGAAGGAUCAAAACGUGCUCUUGUAUAUGAUUUCAUGCCUAAUGGAUCUCUUGAUAGUCACUUGUUUUCUCAAGAAGGAUCAAUCUCUUUAAGCUGGCAAAAACUGCAUCAGAUUUCCCUUGGUGUGGCUUGUGGUAUCGACUAUCUCCAUUUAGGUUGUGACAUGCAAAUACUGCAUUUUGAUAUCAAGCCUCACAACAUUCUCCUCGACGAAAAUUUCACUCCAAAAGUCUCUGACUUCGGGCUCGCUAGGUUGUACCCAACGAAUGGCAGCAUCACAUCUCUCACUGCAGCAAGGGGCACCAUCGGAUACAUGGCUCCUGAAUUGUUCUACAAAAACAUUGGACGCGUCUCAUAUAAAGCUGAUGUCUAUAGCUUCGGAAUGCUGCUAUUGGAAAUGGCAGGCAAAAGAAAGAAUCUAAAUGCUUUGGCAGAAAAUUCAAGUCAAAUCUACUGGCCAUAUUGGGUUCAUGACCAAGUAUCUGAUGGAAAGGCCAUAGAAAUCGGAGACGAUGCCACUGAGGAAGAAAGUAAGAUCGUUAAGAAGAUGAUUAUGGUUGGAUUGUGGUGUAUACAAAUGAAACCCAUGGAUCGGCCUACAAUGAAGAAUGUUGUGGAGAUGCUUGAAGGAGAUUUGGAAAACUUGCGAUUGCCUCCUAAGCCUGUCUUCAAUGUAGAUGAGACGCCAACAAACAUUGAAGGAGAGUCAUCAUCGUUGUCAGGUGAUUCUACCGAAUCAACCAGUUUGGUUGAAAAUGCAUACUGAGUGAUAUGAUGUGGAAUGCUCUGCUUACAUGCAGGGAAAAUGAUAGAAUAAUGGCGCUUUCGGACUUGGUUAUGAUAAUUUAGUCUGCAAACAUUAUGAUAAUUUGCAAUCCUUACUUUUAUCUGAUUUGUGUUCCUAAUUUAGAGUUCAAGCUGCGGCUUGUUUCUUCGGUGUGGACUAUAUAAUCAUCAUACAAAGAUGUUAUGUUUAGUGUUUA